AUGUCUGAGACGGAUCUUCGCGAUAUCAUACACGAGCUGCGGACGGCCAAGCGCGCCAGGUUCGAGACGGCCACGCCGGUAACAGGGACACAGUCCACGUGCACACAGGUGAAUACCAUGAACGCACCGCCUGCCAGCCACGUGGCUCAGCCGUCAGGAGCACCGACAAGCGCCGCGACAUUUAGUGCCACAUCAUACAGCGACGCGCUACCCAUGAGGUAUUCGGACGUGCAGGCCGCCCAAAGCCAGAGCCCGGAGUUUACUACGCCCUUGGUGAAUCAGGCACAUUGUGAGCAAGGUUCUCCUAAGCACGUAUGGGUUGUGGGGUCAUCUAUCGUCAGGAACGCGUUCAUGCAUGCGUGGAUGUCUGAUCCUAACUUGAAAAUGGAGUCAUGCAAGUUGUGGUGGCAGGGUUACGGGGGCUUAGGCAUUAAGGAAAUGGAAAGAAAGAUUAACCUUCUGAAACGCGUAAACAUGUGCCAGCCACCAGCCAUGAUCAUUAUGCAUUGCGGCGGGAAUGAUAUUGGAAGGAUAAAAAUUUCUGAGUUUAUAAAGCAUUUUAAGAUGCUGGUAGAUAAUAUUGGCAACAUCUUACCUGGUACCAUAGUUGUGUUCUCGCAAAUUUUGCCUAGAUUAACAUGGCGCUAUUCAAAAAAUAACAUUGCUAUGUAUAACGCUAAAAGGCGCCUGAACAGCUUCUGA